GGUGUCUGUCUGUGAAGGGGUGGAGCCGGUGCGGAGGGGGCGUCACGGGGGAAGGACAGCUGAAGACAGGUCUUCCCGCACAGCUCCAGGAGCCACAUUUGCAGCCUCGUCUGCCUGUCCAGAACCUGCUCCCAGGCUGACAGUACCCUAAGCAUGGUCCAAGCUCACUUCCAUGAUGGGACGUGGGUAGGUGAGCUUCGAGAUGGGCUCUGAGCUGGAGACGGCGAUGGAGACUCUCAUCAAUGUGUUCCACGCCCACUCGGGCAAAGAGGGAGACAAGUACAAGCUGAGCAAGAAGGAGCUGAAAGAGCUGCUGCAGACGGAGCUCUCCGGCUUCCUGGAUGCCCAGAAGGAUGCAGACGCUGUGGACAAGGUGAUGAAGGAGCUGGAUGAGAAUGGAGAUGGAGAGGUGGACUUCCAGGAGUAUGUGGUGCUGGUGGCUGCCCUCACGGUGGCCUGCAACAACUUCUUCUGGGAGAACAGUUGAGGAGACGGCCCCUUGGCAGCGCCCGUCCCCUCCACCCUGCCAUGCCUGCUCCUUCACCCUGCUUCCCCUCACCUUACUUUUCCCUCCCCACCAGCAAGGGCGCAAGAAUAGUGGGCUAGGCCUGCAACUCCUCUUUCAUUAAAGGCUUCUGUCUCACCA